AUGGAAGAGCACCUAUCUAGGAUAAGCAAUGAAAAUCGCAAAUAUUGGAGGGUAAUAUGUCGCAAGCGUCUUUCACAACAUAUCUGGGAAGCACUGGGACUGAGAAUUGACCCCUCUGAGGUGCGCCUCAAAACUGGUGAACCGACCCAAUAUCUGUGGAAAAUCGAUGACAGUUCCCUUCAACCUCUCUUUGAGAAACAUCUCAGUAAGCAUUCUGUGGGUGCGUACAAGCAGUUGUGCCAGGGGGUAGGGGAAAGCUUCUAUGCCAUUCGGUCAGAAACUACUGAUAAAGAAAAUGUCCAACUGAGUCUCAGUGAUCGGGUGCAGACACUGCAGCGGGAAAAUGCAGAGCUCACCCAAAUACUAGCAAAUUGGAUGGAACGAGUAUCGUCAUUGCAAGAUGAGAAAACGGUUGCAGAAGAGAAGAUUUGCGUCCAAGAGUCUACUAUCACAGAGGCUCAACAGACAAUAAGUCAUCUUCAACAAGAUGUCCAGCAAUGGGUAGCAGUAGCUGAAUACUACCAACUGAGAUGUAUGCACUGUUCUGAGGCCUUGAAGCAGACCAUUAUCUCUUUACAGGCACUCGAGUCUACAAUGAAUCUGCCUCGGUCUACUUGA